CACCUCAAACCUCCUCACAGGUGCCCCAUUCUCCUUACCCCCUCAUUCCCUCUGCCCCCAAUCCCACCAUGCCCAGUAUAUCUGUCUUCCUCCCCCUAAAACCCAUGAGUUCCCUCUCCUCCUUCCUCUCCUCUCUGUCUUCUCUCCCUCACACCGUCAGAGACACUGAGGUCCCCCUUCUCUUCCGUGAGCCCUACAUCCUGUCUGGCUACCGGCCCGUGGGCCAUUCCUGGAGCUUCUACUUCCUCAGCCUCUUCCAGAUACACAAUGAGACAAUCAACGUGUGGAGCCACUUGCUGGCCGGAGUCUGCGUUGCGCUGAGGUUCUCUGUGUUUGCUGUGAUGUACGGGCUGGGUCUUUACCUGGACCUGGCCUGUCUACCGCUGGUCUACUACGUCCUGUCUCUUCUGACCUACUUGUGCUGCAGCGCUACAGCCCACCUGCUCCAGUCCCACUCCGAGCUGGCCCACUAUGCCCUGUUCUUCCUGGACUAUGUGGGAGUGGCUGUGUACCAGUAUGGCUGUGCCCUGGCUCUUUACUUCUACAGCUCGGAUCCCGCAUGGAGACGCAGUCGAGUAGGAGAGGUGUUCCUCCCUGCAGCAGCUCUCCUGGCUUGGUUGUCCUGUGCCUGCUGUUGCUUUGCCAAACUCAGUUACCGCCACCCGUACCCACUCCAUCGUAAGCUGUGCCAGGUCGUGCCAACUGGUCUGGCGUACCUGCUAGACAGCAGUCCUGUGGCACAUAGACUGGUCAGCAGGACCUGGGGAGACGACCCUGCUAUGACCCUACAUGCAAUACAGGUGUUGCUGUUCCUCCUGGCAGCGUUCUUCUUCUCCUGUCCCAUGCCUGAGUGUUUCUUUCCUGGGCACUGUGACAUCAUCGGCCACGGGCACCAGCUCUUCCACUUCCUCCUCUCCCUCUGCACGCUGACCCAACAGGAAGCUGUGUUUGAGGACUUCCUGUCCCGGCGGGCGUCCCUGACGAGGGAGUACGGGGAGUGCCGCCUACUGGUGGCAGCCGUGUCAUUUCCUGUCCUGGUGUUCUGUAGCGUGCUGACAGCUGUGGUCAUGAGGAGAUUGGUGGAGAGGAGGCUGAGGAAGGAGGACAGAUGGGGGGAGGAGGUAGAGAGAGGAUAG